AUGGUUCGUCUCUUUGAUUUCAAGUCAAACAAGCACUUCGUUGCUUCCUCUGACAAAAGUACCCUCAAAGUCUACGAGUUGAGCAACCCAACCAUUUACCCUUCUUACAUCCGAAAGGCUCACUGGAAGGAAGUUGGCAACAUCAUUCCCCGUGAUCACUAUGAUAGUGAUGAAGGUGACAACUAUAGUAGUUCAGGAACGAAUGAGUCAUCCUACGACGGGAUGAUGUUCUUCGACGGUCAGGCAGAUAUCAAGGGAAGGGAGGUCCUGACCAAGCUGGCCCAGCACCUGGCUCGGCUGCGACUGAUGGUGAGCCCACAAGGGCACUGUUUUCAGGAUGUCACCGAACUGGGGGAACACAAAGACUUUGGAAUUCACUAUCUCCGACUGAACGAUCUUUUCAACUAG